AAAAUAUAUAUAUAUAUUAUUAGAAAAUAGAACCCCCAAGAAUAUGGGACUCUUAAAAGAUGAACAAUAUGAAAAAGCUACCCGAGGCUUCGAGAGACGUCAAAUGGACGUAUGUGAAGAUAUUAACCGCCUAAAGGCAGAUUUUUGCCCGACUUUGGACCCUUCGCUCGUUGAAGCCAUCUGGGUAGACACGAAUGACUAUAGUCAAGCAGUUGAUAUUCUCUCUGAACUCUCGAAAGAAUCUUCGGUCCAGUCUACUUUUGAAGCCCAGUCUAGCCCUAAACAACCCUAUGCUCCAUCUAUCCAAAGCUCUAGACCUUGUCUCAUUCGGCCCAAAUCUCCAACGGAAAGUGAUGAUUCGGAUGGUUUAUCUGAUGAGAAUGAAGAAUAUGAAUACUAUGAGGAUGAGGAAGACCAAGAAAAGAAAAAAACAGAACAUAGUGAAGAGGAAGUCGGAGAUGAUUUUAGAGAACUGGAGAAUAGCGUGGAUUUCUUGCAAAUGUGCUUUCCCGAUCAUGAACGGUCUGAUUUAUUGGAUGCGCUUCUUACUCACGACAACGAUACCGAGAAGACGACUGAUUUCUUACUCACAACUGAGUAUCUCAAAGAUUCAAGUAGUAACGAUCCUAUGUCUUCUGUAUCGACACCAACAGAACAUCCAAGAAAGAAGAAGAAGAAGAAGAAACCCAAGAUUGUAUGGGCUUCCGGUGGUCACCUUACUCCUAGUGUACACACGCGAGAAUUAGACAACAAUGGUAUGGCUUGUGUUUCUGACAAUCACUGGCAUAAGUACGAUGCCACUUUGGGGGCUCUCCAGCCUUUGUUUCCUCAGCUAUCUCAUCAUGAUUUGCUGAUGGCAGCUCAGAAACGACCCAACGACUUGAUAGCUAUGAUUAGAUAUCUGAUGGAUAGGCAUCGUGAUCUUGAUCCCAGACGCUACUUGUCGUCUGAUGAACUGCAUGAUCUUGAGCAGAUCCAAAAAGCUCUUCUUGAAAUUAUGGGCAGCGGUAAUAUGAACGAACGCGAAAUUCUGUCUAUUGGGUUGGGUAUUCUAUCGAAAGAUGAGAAUAGUACAUGCGAAGAGAAGAUCCAAGAGGCGAUUGAGUACUGUCUAACUAAAGAACAGCGUGAAGCCAAGCGAUUAGAUAAUGAACGUCUAAAACUUGCUCGUCAGAUGGAACAUAUGACAGUGGUAUCGAAUUCAGGAUCUAAAAAUCAAAAGGAACUCACAAAGGAUCUUCCAGUGGUACCCGAAUAUCUAUUACUAAACAACCGAGAAUAUAUAGAGGAUGAUCCUGAAGAGUGUCGUACGAUGGCAAUGGAUCUUAUUCUGCAGCGUAAUGAAUUAUUUCGCAAGGCAGGUGCUGCGUAUCAGCAAGCCAAAAACAAAAAUACGGGUGAGGGAGGUAUAGCCUUUUAUUACUCGGAUGAAGCGCGCCAGCUUGACUCUCGGGCAAAAAAUUGGAAUAUGCGAGCGGCCCGAUCACUUGUACGACACCAAAGGUUGGCGCAUGAAGAUGACCAUCUCUUGGAUCUGCAUGGUCUGACAGUCGCUGAAGCGCAGGUUCUUAUUCAAGAAGGUGUAACUCAAUGGUGGUCAAGAAGCAACAUGCAGUCUGGACGUCGUCAAAUCAAACCUCUAAAGAUUGUUACGGGUGUUGGAAAGCAUUCGUUAGAUGGACAGUCCAAACUACUCCCAACUGCACUCAAAUGGCUUAAGCGUGAGGGGUGGCAGGUGGUACAGUCUAGUCCGGGUUGCAUUCUUGUGAAAGGAUCUACUAAAUAAGGAACCUUGACCUGUGUGUGGGUUGGUUGGUUGAUUAUACAAAUGAAAAAAAAGAGGAAUAACAAGCACACACACACAUUAUAUAUAUAUACAUGUAUGUAUAUAAUAGGUCUUUCUUUUAUGUUUUUUGUGAUUUUUGUUAAGAACAAAAAAAUAUUUUUGGAUAUUAAGUGUAACGAUAUUAUAUGUAUGAAUAUAUGAUAUAUUAAUUGGCUAUAAAAGAGGUUGAUAUAUGGAUUAAUAAAACAUCAAAAUAAAGAGGU